AACAUAAAACACCGGCAACAAAGUAAACGGCUUUAUGUAAUAAACUUGACCAAACAGACUGUCAUAACCAAAUAUAGAAAGCUUUCUCCAUCCAUCCAAUCUUUUUGUUUAUCCUCUCUCAAUCUUCCUGUCUUUUAGGACUUCCUCUUUCUUCAAAUAAACAAAAAAAAUAAACUUAGCAAACACGAAAAAACAAGUAAUCAAAAGAAGAGAGAGGCCCAAGAAAACCAAAACAAAAACCUAAAAAGAAAAAGAAACUUGAGCGCCAAGCUUCUCUCUUCCUUCCCAUGGGGUGCAUUUGAAAUACAUUUCCUUCUUGAAAAAAAAAAUCGCUUUUGAUCGAUUGUUAAUUCAUCGAUCAUUCGUGGUUCCGUUGGAUAUUUAUUCCAAAAGAAAACCCAUAUCCCAUGGGAAGCUGCGUUUCGUCGCCAUUGAAAGGUUCUCCUUUUAGGAAGAGACCGGCAAGAAGACGGAAAAGCAGUAAGAGCAAAACAUCCACCAACCCUCGUGUCGAUUCCUCAACUAAUCUUUCUCGGAGAUUGAUUUUCCAGCCGCCGAGUCGUGUUCUUCCUGAGCCUAUUGGAGAUGGAAUCUUCGUCAAGUAUGAGUUGGGGAAAGAACUAGGCCGUGGUGAGUUUGGUGUCACUCAUGAAUGUAUUGAGAUCACCACUCGAGAAAGGUUUGCAUGUAAGAGGAUAUCAAAAGAGAAGCUAAGGACGGAGAUAGAUGUUGAGGAUGUAAGAAGAGAGGUAGAGAUCAUGAGAAGUUUGCCAAAACAUCCAAACAUUGUUAGCUUUAAAGAAGCUUUUGAGGACAAAGACGCUGUUUAUCUUGUCAUGGAGAUUUGUGAAGGAGGAGAGCUUUUUGACCGUAUUGUCUCUAGAGGUCAUUACACUGAACGUGCCGCUGCUUCUGUCGCUAAAACCAUUCUUGAAGUUGUCAAGGUAUGUCAUGAACAUGGAGUGAUUCAUAGAGAUCUUAAACCAGAGAACUUCCUCUUCUCCAACGAAACCGAGACUGCACAACUCAAAGCUAUUGAUUUUGGUCUCUCCAUUUUCUUCAAACCUGAGAAAACUCUGUUCAACGAGAUUGUGGGAAGUCCUUACUACAUGGCUCCAGAGGUUUUGAGACGAAACUACGGUCCUGAGGUAGAUGUUUGGAGUGCUGGUGUUAUACUCUAUAUCUUGCUUUGUGGUGUUCCUCCCUUUUGGGCAGAAACUGAGGAAGGAAUCGCGCAUGCAAUCGUGAGAGGGAACAUCGAUUUCGAGAGAGAUCCUUGGCCAAAAGUCUCAGCUGAAGCCAAAGAGCUCGUUAAGGACAUGCUUGAUGCUAACCCUUAUAGCAGACUCACAGUUCAAGAAGUGCUUGAACAUCCAUGGAUACAGAACGCAGAGAGAGCACCAAAUGUGAAUCUUGGAGAUAACGUGAGGACCAAGAUUCAACAGUUCUUGUUGAUGAACAGGUUCAAGAAGAAAGUCCUCAGGAUUGUAGCGGACAAUUUACCAAACAAGGAGAUAGAAGAGAUAGUACAGAUGUUUCGAACGAUGGACACUGACAAGAACGGUCGCUUGACAUUCGAGGAACUAAGAGACGGGCUAAAGAAGUUUGGAACAGUUUGUCCCGAUGGCGAUGUGAAAAUGCUAAUGGAUGCAGCGGAUACAGAUGGGAAUGGGAUGUUGAGCUGUGAAGAGUUUGUGACUUUGGCAAUACAUUUGAAGAGAAUGGGUUGUGAUGAGCAUUUGCAGCAAGCGUUCAAGUAUUUUGACAAGAACGGUAAUGGAUCUAUUGAGCUAGAUGAGCUCAAGGAAGCUCUAUUUGAUGAUGAUAAGCUAGGCCAGGGUGGUGACCAGUGGAUCAAAGAUAUCUUCUUUGACGUUGACCUCAACAAGGAUGGAAGGAUAAGCUUUGAUGAGUUCAAGGCCAUGAUGAAAUCAGGGACUGACUGGAAAAUGGCGUCGAGGCAGUACUCUAGGGCAUUGUUGAAUGCUCUGAGCAUCAAGAUGUUCAAAGAAGAUGGUGGGAACAAUGGUCCAAAGUUUCAUUCCAUGGAGUUCCCUGUGGCGAGAAAGAAAGCAAAUAUACUUGAUCCCAAGAACAAAUCAAUGGAGCUUGUCCACUCCAGAACCUAUAAGCCCUCAGGUCUAAGAAACUAAGGAAACUGAUCUCUUUUGUUAUUCUUUUUUAAUCUGUUUGUUCUUGGAGCUACAAGUGACAAAGAUAAUGUGAUUAGGUUGGCUUAAAGUUGCAUUGUUCAUCUUCUUU